GAGAGGAGCGAGAGAAGGAGAGGCAGAGACAUAUUGAUAGCCGUUGAUCAUGGUCCUAACAGCAAGCAUCCUUUUGAUUGGGCCCUCAUUCAUCUCUGCAGGCUUGCUGACACCAUCCAUCUUGUUCAUGCAGUUUCAACUUUCAAGUGUGAAUAACGAGAUUGUUUAUGAGGCCAGCCGGGGGCUCAUGCAGAAGCUUGCUCUAGAGGCUAUUGAAGUUGCUAUGGUGAUGACCGAGGCUUGGAUUGUGCAAGGUGAAGCGGGUAAGGUAAUUUGCAAGGAAGCUGAAAGGAUAAAGGCUGCAGCUGUGGUUAUGGGUACCCGAGGCAGAAGCUUAAUGCAAAGUGUACCGCAGGGAAGUGUGAGUGAGUAUUGCUUCCACAAUUGUAAAUCUGCUCCUGUCGUAAUUGUUCCUGGAAAAGAAGCUGGUGAUGAAUCAUUGAUAUGAUGGAACUAGGAACACGUAAGAAAUUGCAAGUCAUGAACGCUGUGUAUUCUGUAAUAUUUUGAUUGGUCAUAUAGUUAGCAGGACUGCAAAAUGUGUAUUAUUUUGUAGUAUUGGUGUGUCAUUGAUUCUUUUGGCUUGAUGGUAUUGUUAGUCCUCUGUUGGCACUGAUAAGAUUGAUUGUUGUAAUUUUUUUGAAUAUGAUCCUGAGUCAUGUGACUGAAAUUAAUGUCUGAUUGCCUUGGUGCAAAAUUUAAAGAAAUGCAUGACAGUAAGCGCAUUAGAUCCA